AUGCCAAUAACGCGCUCCGCUCGACAACCGCGCUCCACGGCGAAUCCAGCCAUUCCAGCGCCGUGUGGUUACCGGUCGUCGAGUCGGCGUCUCCCAUAUCAUUUUUGGCAUAAACAGCAAGUUUUGGAGACGGAUUUUUGGUACCCGUUAUUCAUAUGCGUGGUUUUGUCGUUCUUGCUCCAGCACAAUCAUCCUGAUCCAUCAGCUCCACAGUUUACUCAAGCAUUUGCAAUAACAGUUUUUGGAUCGAUAGUCGUCACCAUCAAUAUCAAGUUGCUUGGAGGCCAAAUGCCAAAUCAUCAACGAAGCUAG